AUGAAAACCAAAAGGUUAAGACAAUACAGCAAUAAGCAAAGGAUACUUCUGGUCGGAGAAGUAGACUUCUCCUUUUCUCUAUCUUUAGCUAGAGCCUUUGGUUCUGCAACAAAUCUCACUGCGACUUCUCUCGAUACUCGAGAGGAGAUAGAGCUUAACUAUGCGAAUGGGAAAGCUAACAUAGAAGAAUUGACGAGACUCGGCUGCACCGUGAUCCAUGGAUUUAACGUGCACUCCAUGAGGCUUGCUCCAAGAUCCGAGCGUUAUGAUAGAAUAAUCUUUAAUUUUCCUCAUUCAGGGUUACACCAAGAACUUGUGAGAGGGUUUUUGAAGAGCGCAAAGAAGAUGGUGAAAGACAAAGAUGGAGAGAUUCACAUUACUCAUAAGACGGCUCAUCCAUUUAGCGAGUGGAAGAUAGAGAUUCUGGCUGAAGCAAAUGGUUUGUGUUUGACUCAAGAGGUGGAAUUUAACAAAUGGUAUUUUCCUGGUUACUCAAAUAAAAAAGGAUCUGGACCUUGUUGGGCUUUUCCAAGCCCAUGUCCAACUCUUUGA